ACUCAACUGAGCCCGGCUUUGUGUCCAUGCAGAGCCGCAAAACAAAAGGCAGAGAUGAUUAUCUUACUGAUCAACAACUUUCUUCAGAAAAGAGCACAAAACAGGAGAGACUGGAAACAACCAGCUGUGAGUCCAUUAGUGAUGCAUCAAUAGGUGGCCUGAUUGAUUUUAAAGUUGGACGCAUCUCUCCAGAGGAAAACACCCAGGACGAGAGAGAAGACACACCCAGCUGUAUGUCUGUGAGGGAAUCAAUAGGCGGCUUGAUUGAUUUUAAGGAUCAGAAUGAUGCAUUUCACAUUGGACCUCAGCAGGAGAGAUCAGAGCCUGUCCACAAGCAUCAAACUGAUCUGAACUCUACAUUCAGGCUCCUUCAAGACACUGUAAUCACGCUUGUGAAGACUGAGCUGAAAUUGUUCCAGCGAGCUCUCAGCUCAGAUAACCCCGACCCCUCAGAGGGUCAGUGGAAAGAGGGCGACACUCUGAACAGUGAGGAAGAAGAGAGAAGAAGGAGCAGCAGAGAGGCUCUUCUGAAGAUCACUCUGAACUGUUUGAGAGGGAUGGAGCAGGAGGAGCUGGCUGAUUGUCUGCAGUGCAAAACUAUUGUUCCUACAUAUCAACAAAAACUCAAAUCACAACUGAAAGAGAAGUUCCAAUGUCUCUAUGAGGGAAUUGCUAAAGCAGGAAACCCCACUCUGCUGAACGAAAUUUACACAGAGCUGUACAUCACAGAGGGAGGGAGUGGAGACGUCAACGAUGAACACGAGAUCAGACAGAUCGAAACUGCGUCUAUGAAGCAAUCACGACCAGAGACCACAGUCAAAUGUGAAAACAUCUUUAGACCCUUACCUGGCAGAGAUCGUCAACCAAUCAGAACAGUGCUGACAAAGGGAGUGGCUGGCAUCGGGAAAACUGUCCUAACACAGAAGUUCGCUCUGGACUGGGCUGAAGACAAAACCAACCUGGACAUACAGUUCACGUUUCCAUUCACUUUCAGAGAGCUGAACCUGCUGAGUGGGAAAACGUACAGCUUGGUGGAACUUCUUAACCUCUUCUUCUCUGGGAAAAAAAAUGCAGAAUUUUGCAGAUUUGCCAAGUACAGCGUUGUGUUCAUCUUUGACGGUCUAGAUGAAUGUCGACUUCCUCUGGACUUCCAAAACAAUGAGAUCUUGACUGAUGUUACAGAGAUCACCUCAGUGGAUGUCCUGCUGACAAACCUCAUCAAGGGGAACCUGCUUCCCUCCGCUCACCUCUGGAUAACCACACGACCUGCAGCAGCCAAUCAGAUCCCUCCUGAGUGUGUUGACAUGGUGACAGAGGUCAGAGGGUUCAGUGACCCUCAGAAGGAGGAGUACUUCAAGAAAAGGUUCAGAGAUGAGGAACAGGCCAGCAAAAUCAUCUCCCACAUCAAGACAUCUCGAAGCCUCCACAUAAUGUGCCACAUCCCUGUCUUCUGCUGGAUCACUGCUUCGGUUCUGGACCAGAUGCUGAAAGCAGAUUACGAAAGAGAGUUGCCCAAGACCCUGACUGAGAUGUACAUCCGCUUCCUGGUGGUUCAGUCCACAGUGGGGAAAGUCAAGUAUCAUGGAGGAGCUGAGACAGAUUCCCUCUGGAACAAUCAAAGCAGCAGCAUCAUCAUGUCUCUGGGGAGACUGGCAUUCGGGCAGCUGCAGAAAGGAAACCUGAUCUUCUACGAGUCCGACCUGAUGGAGUGUGGCAUUGAUAUCACAGAGGCCUCAGUGUACUCAGGAGUGUUCACACAGAUCUUCAGAGAGGAGUGUGGGCUCUAUCAGGACAAGAUGUUUUGUUUCGUCCACCUGAGCAUCCAGGAGUUCCUGGCUGCUCUCUACGUCUUUGUGACAUUUUUCAACACAGGGGUCGAUCUGCUCUCAGAACCACGAUCCAGAUCCUGGUGGUGGCUUCAGCUGUUCAGAUCAUCGAGAAAAACGAUCUUCCAGACAGCUGUUGACAAAGCUCUACAGAGUCCAAAUGGACACCUGGACUUGUUCCUGCGCUUCCUUCUUGGUUUAUCACUAGAGACCAAUCACAUGCUCCUACGAGGUCUGCUGAAACAGAUGAGAUGUGACUCAUACACCAAACACGGGACAGUGCAGCACAUCAAGGAGAAGAUCAGAGAGAAUCCAUCUCCGGAGAGAUGUAUCAACCUGUUUCACUGCCUCAGUGAGCUGAAUGAUCGCUCUCUUCUGGAGGAGAUCCAACAAUCUAUGAAAUCAGGGAGUCUUUCAACAGACAGACUGUCCCCUGCUCAGUGGUCGGCUCUGGUCUACAUCUUGAUGUCAUCAGAAAAAGACCUUGACAUGUUUGACCUAAGGAAGUACUCUGCUUCAGUGGAAGGUCUGCAGAGGCUGCUGCCAGUGGUUCAAGUCUCCAAAGUAGCUCUGCUGAAUAGCUGUAACUUAUCUGAGAAGAGUUGUGAAGCUCUGGCAUCAGUUCUUAACUCCAAAAACUCAAAUCUCAGAGAGCUGGACCUGAGUGACAAUGAUCUACGGGAUUCAGGAGUGAUGAUGCUAUCGGCUGGACUUGGGGGUUCACACUGCAGACUGGAAAUUCUGAGACUGUCUGGCUGUCUGGUCACAGAGGAAGGCUGUGCUGCACUGGCUUCAGCUCUGAGAUCCAACCCUUCCCAUCUGAAAGAGCUGGACCUGAGCUACAACCAUCCAGGUCAAACAGGCCUGAAGUUACUGUGUGCUCUUCAGGAGGAUCCACGCAUCCAACUGAAUCUCAGUACGACACAUGGUGGAAUGAAGAGGCUGACAUCAGGUCUAAGGAAAUAUGCCUGUGAGCUCACACUGGACCCAAACACAGUAAACAGUAAGCUCUCUCUGUGCGAGGAUGGCAGACAGGUGACGGACGUCCUUGAGAAGCUGUCGUACACUGACCAUCAGCAACGAUUUGACCCCUUGAAGCAGGUCCUGUGUCGGGAGGGUCUGACUGGGCGUUGCUACUGGGAGGUGGAGUGGAAAGGAUGGGUCAACAUUGGAGUGGCUUACAAAGGAAUCAGAAGGAAAGGGCAAGACGACAACAGCUGGAUUGGACAGAACGAGCAGUCCUGGAGUCUGCUGCGCACUGCUAAUUACACUGCCUGUCACAGAAACAGGAGAACAGUCAUACCCAUCCACUCCUCCUCUGACACUGGAAGAGUGGCAGUGUAUCUUGACUGGCCUGCUGGGACUCUGUCCUUCUACAGAGUCUCCUCUGAGACCCUUUUCCACCUCCACACCUUCCACUGCACCUUCACUGAGCCUCUCUAUCCUGCUUUUGGGCUGGAGUUACAGUGGGAGUCAUCAGUAACUCUGUGUCAGAUAUAACACACUGAAGUUACUUCUUGUGUGAAGACAGUUUAACAGAGACAGGUGCAUCCUGAGAAAGUCAUUAAAGUUGUUAUCUUCUCCUC